AGUAACCAGGCAACACCAUUGAAGUCUCAGAUGUAAAAAUCCAUGCCUUCUUUUCCCCCAAUCUCCAUUCCCAAAUUUAGCCACUGGCUUCUGGCUGAAGCCUUAGGCAUACCUCCCGGGGCUUGCACACACCUUCUUCUACAGAAGACACACCUUGGGCGUAUCCUACAGAAGACCAGGCUUCUCUCUGGUCCUUGGUAAAGGGCUACUUUACUGUAACAGGGCCAGGGUGGAGAGUUCUGUCCCGAAGCUCUGUCCCCUCUGUAGGAAAUGUGUUGACAAUAUUCAGAGGAGUAAGAGGCUCAAGACUUCUUUGUGGUCAAAUAUCACUUUUCUCUUCUCUACCCUGACCUAACCAGGAGCUUGUCACCCCAUACUCUGAAGUGAUUUAUGCCUUAAUCAAGCAAACUUCCCUCUUCAGAAAAGAUGGCUCAUUUUCCCUCAAAAGUUGCCAGGAGCUGCCAAGUAUUCUGCCAAUUCACAUUCAACCUGGAGCACAAUCAACAGAUUCAGCCAGAACACAACUCCAGCUACUAUUAGAACUAUUAUUAUUAAUGAAUUCCCCUCCAAAUCUAGCCCCUUGAGUUCUGAUUUCAGGAUUUCUCCCUUCCUCCUAGAAACUUGAUAAGUUUCCUGCACUUCCCUUUUUCUAAGACUACAUGUUUGUCAUCUUAUAAAGCAAAGCAGUGAAUAAAGGAACCAAGUCAAUAACUUUUGGAAUAUCUGCAAACAAUAGUAUCAGCUAUGCCAUCUUUCAUUAUUUUAGCCAGUAUCAAGUUGAAUGAACGUAGAAAAAUACAAAACUGAAUUCUUCCCUGUAAAUUCCCCGUUUUGACGACAUACUUGUAGCCACGCCUACUUAAGACAAUUACAAAAGGCGAAGAAGACUGACUCAGGCUUAAGCUGCCAGCCAGAGAGGGAGUCAUUUCAUUGGCGUUUGAGUCAGCAAAGAAGUCAAGAUGGCCAAAGUUCCGGACAUGUUUGAAGACCUGAAGAACUGUUACAGUGAAAACGAAGAAGACAGUUCCUCCAUUGACCAUCUGUCUCUGAAUCAGAAAUCCUUCUAUGAUGUAAGCUAUGACCCACUCCAUGAAGGCUGCAUGGAUCAGUGUGUGUCUCUGAGUAUCUCUGAAAUCUCUAAAACAUCCAAGCUUACCUUCAAGCAGAGCAUGGUGGUAGUAGCAACCAAUGGGAAGGUUCUGAAGAAGAGACGGUUGAGUUUAAGCCAAUCCAUCACUGAUGAUGACCUGAAGGCCAUCACCAGUGACUCAGAGGAAGAAAUCAUCAAGCCCAGGUCAGCACCUUUUAGCUUCCGAAGCAAUAUGAAAUACAACUUUAUAAGGAUCAUCAAACACGAAUUCAUCCUGAAUGACGCCCUCAAUCAAAGUAUAAUUCGAGCCAAUGAUCAGUACCUCACGGCUGCUGCAUUACAUAAUCUGGAUGAAGCAGUGAAAUUUGACAUGGGUGCUUAUACGUCAUCAAAGGACGAUACUAAAGUUCCUGUGAUUCUAAGAAUCUCAGAAACUCAAUUGUAUGUGAGUGCCCAAGAUGAAGACCAACCGGUGCUGCUGAAGGAGAUGCCUGAGAUACCCAAAACCAUCACAGGUAGCGAGACCAACCUCCUCUUCUUCUGGGAAACUCACGGCACUAAGAACUACUUCACAUCAGUUGCCCAUCCAAACUUGUUUAUUGCCACAAAGCAAGACUAUUGGGUGUGUUUGGCAAGAGGGCCACCCUCUAUCACUGACUUUCAGAUACUGGAAAACCAGGCUUAGGUCUGGAGUCUGCUCACUUGUGCAGUGUUGACAGUUCGUAUGUACCACGAAUAUGAAAAAGCUAAAUCCUUUACUGUUAGUCAUUUGCUGAGCGUGUACUGAGCCUUGUAAUUCUAAAUGAAUGUUUACACUCUUUGUAAGAGAGGAGCAAUGUCUAGUAGAACCAACACUAACAUAUAAUGUUGUUUGUUAUUUAAAGAACACCCUAUAUUUUGCAUAGUACCAAUCAUUUUAAUUAUUAUUCUUCAUAACAAUCUUAGGAGGACCAGAGUUACUGACUACGGCUACCAAAAAGACUCUACCCAUAUUACAGAUGGGCAAAUUAAGGCAUAAGAAAACUAAGAAAUAUGCACAAUAGCAGUUGAAAUAAGAAGCCACGGACCUAGUAUUUCAUUUCAACUGUUUGCUUCUACUUUUAAGUUGCUGAUGAACUCUUACUCAAAUAGCAUAAGUUUCUGGGACCUCAGUUUUAUCAUUUUCAAAAUGGAGUGAAUAAUACCUAAGCCUUCCUGCCCCAACAGUUUUUUAUGCUAAUCAGGGAGGUCAUUUUGGUAAAAUACUUCUUGAACCUGAGCCUCAAGAUUAAGGCAAAGCACGAAAUGUUAUUUUUAAAUUAUUAUUUAUAUAUGUAUUUAUAAAUAUAUUUAAGAUUAUUAUAACAUAUUAUAUUUAUGGGAGCCCCUUCAUCCUCUGAGCGUGACCAGGCAUCCUCCAGAAUAGCAGACAGUGUUUUCUGGGACGAGUAAGUUUGAUUUCAUUAAUAUAGGGCAUUUGGAUCCAAGUUGUGCUUAUCCCAUAGCCAGGAAACUCUGCAUUCUAGUACUUGGGAGACCUGUAAUUAUAUAAUAAAUGUAUAUUAAUUACUUUGAGCUGAUAAUUGGUCCAAUCUUUGACUCUUUUGCAAUUAAACUUGCCUGGGCGUUCUUGUUUCAUUCAAUUCCACCUGCAAUCAAGUCCUACAAGCUAAAAUUAGAUGAACUCAACUUUGACAACCAUCAGACCACUGUUACCAAAACUUUCUUUUCUGGAAUGUAAUCAACGUUUCUUCUAGGUUAUAAAAAUUGUGAUCAGACCAUAUGUUACAUUAUUAUCAACAAUAGUGAUUGAUAGAUUAUUACCAGUCAUAACUGAAUAAAGCUUGCAACAAAAUUCUCUGACA